GGUGGCUGGGGGAAAGCCGAAGAACGAACCCGUUAAAAAAAAAAAAAAGAAUCCAAACCGCCCAAACCUGUCUUGAGCUGCAUUUUAGUGUCUUCGGAGGGUUCAACGACAGGCCGAAGUUAUCUUUUCACUUAGAUUUCAUCUAUGGCCAACUGAUGUAGCCAAGAGUUACUGUACACAGAAGUCAGAACUUCAGAAUGACCGAGGAAGCAUGCAGAACACGGAGUCAAAAGCGAGCACUUGAACGUGAGACAACCAUAAAUGAUGUGGAUAGUAAAAAAAUAAAGAUGGAGAAAGGAUUACUGGGAUCAGACCACAAGACUGAAGGUGAUUUGAAAAUGAAGUCUGAGCCUGGAGCAGCCAAGGUCCAAGGAUUACUAAAAGGAGAAGUUAAGGCAACUAUUAAGGUGGAAGUACAGACAAGUGAUGAGCCAGUGGAUAUGAGUACCUCAAAAAGUGAUAUGAAGCCAGAGAAGAGAGUUCCUUCACCUGAUAUUAUAGUGUUAUCAGACAAUGAGCCUUCAAGCCCUAGAAUGAAUGGCUUAACAAAAUUACCACUAAAGGAGACUAACACCGAAGCCCUCAUGAAAAGCAGCCCAGAAGAACGAGAGAGAAUGAUCAAACAACUUAAAGAAGAAUUACGAUUAGAAGAAGCAAAACUUGUUUUGUUGAAAAAGCUAAGACAGAGUCAAAUACAAAAAGAAGCCACUACCCAGAAGCCUGCUGGCUCCUCUGGGAAUGCUGUGGCCACCCCUCCCCCCUUGGUACGGGGAACACAAAACAUUCCUGCUGGCAAGCCAUCUCUUCAGGCCUCAUCUACAAGAAUACCAAGCAAUGUUAUUCCCCCUCCUCUGGUCCGUGGAGGCCAACAGACAUCUUCAAAGCUGGGGUCUCAGCAAAACACACAAAUAGUGAUGCCCCCUCUUGUUAGAGGAGCACAGCAAAUCCAUAACAUCAGGCAGCAUUCCAGCACAGGCCCGCCUCCUCUACUUCUGGCACCGCGGGCAUCUGUUCCCAGUGUGCAGAUUCAGGGUCAGAGAAUUAUACAACAGGGUCUCAUCCGUGUUACCAAUGUCCCCAACACUAGCCUGCUGGUAAAUAUCCCACAGGCCUCACCAACUUCAAUUAAAGGUACAACAGUCACGUCUGCUCAGGGUAAUGCAACUACCACUGGUGUUGCAUCCAUAGUGAAUGCCAAUGAUUCACCAGCCAGCCGGCAAGCUGCCGCAAAGCUUGCCCUACGCAAACAGCUGGAAAAGACGCUGUUAGAGAUUCCCCCUCCUAAACCACCUGCUCCGGAGAUGAAUUUUCUACCCAGUGCAGCCAACAAUGAAUUUAUAUACCUAGUUGGAUUAGAGGAAGUGGUACAGAAUCUCUUAGAAACUCAAGGCAAAACUUCAACUGCAGCUUUAUCCCAUGAGCCCUACAUGUGUGCUCAGUGUAAGACUGAUUUCACCUGCCGAUGGCGAGAGGAAAAAAAUGGAACCAUCAUGUGUGAAACUUGUAUGACAUCAAAUCAGAAAAAGGCACUGAAGGCCGAACAUACCAAUCGCCUAAAGGCUGCUUUUGUGAAGGCUUUGCAGCAAGAGCAAGAGAUUGAACAGCGGAUAUUACAGCAGACAUCUUCUCCAGUGCAGACCAAGCCAGAGCCAAUGACUCAACAUCAUUCGCUGAAACAGACUUCUAGCCAACUGGCCAGAGGCCCCCCAGGGGCUCCCCGAGGAGUCUUACACACAUUUAGCCAGUCACCUAAACUGCAAAAUACUGCAGCUGCUGCAGCACUUGUUACCAGGCCAGGUAAGCAUGCAGAGAGACCUGUCAGCAAGGGCAAUGCUACCACUAACUGGAAGAAGACUCCCAUCAAUACAGGUGGCACUCUUACUUUUGUUAACCCUAGUUUAGCAGUACAUAAAAGUUCGUCAGCAUUAGACCGUCAACGCGAAUAUCUGUUAGACAUGAUUCCACCACGAUCCAUCCCUCAGUCUGCCACGUGGAAAUAAUGCAAAAGCAAAGCCUAAGUGGAAGAUUUCCCUCUGUCUGCCAUCCCUUUUUUAUGCCACAGUACAGUGUGGGACCUGCUUUAGCCCAACAGCUGGAUAUGCCCUCUCCCCUUUUUUGAAGGAAGCAAGAUGACCAGUUCUCAGCUUCACAGUGCUACUGCUGUCAUGAUAUGAGAAUAACAGCUGGGUUGUGAAAACAGAACUUUUUGAUACUUUGGCUAGGAAAUUCUCAAGAUUGGCUGGUGGUAAAGGGCAGAAGGGGUGGAAUUAACAUUACUUUAACUCGGGGGGAAGGUUACGUGGGGGUUUUUUGGUUUUGUUUUUUGUCUUUAGUUUCACAUCACCAGCACAAAAUUGGGACUAAAUGGACUUGUUCUGCCUUUGGUUUCUUUCACGUUAGUACCUUGCCAGUCACAAGAACAUGUGAGAUGCACUGGAGACCAAGAAUGCCCUUGUGAAUAGUGAAAUCAGAACCCAGUGAUUACAGAUGCAGAUAUGUUUAGUGGGUUGGAUUUUAUUUUAUUUUUUUGUCUCCCCCCCCCAACCCCUCAUCCUCCCACCCAUUUCUGACUGCCUCCCCUCACGGCAAUCUUACAGAUUGAAAUAUUUUUUAAUCAGCUUGUAAUAAUGGAGUUAGUGAUAAAGAAGUGCAAACUCAAGUAUUCCAGUUGGGCAUGAUUCCUCCUGGACCGGUUUGUGCUCGGGAAGGCAUCGUUAAUAGGAACCCAUGGCAUAGAUGUCUUACUUUCAGCUGGAUUUGUUGGACAGACUUCAUGAGAAGCCCGAAGGUCUAGCCCUGAAAUUACUGAACGUUGAGCAGCCGCUGCCUCAGCCACAUUCCUCCAGCAGAGAGCAUGUUGCUUACUUUUAAGUUUCCAGAAACUAGGACACUUAUCAAAAGAACAAAACAAGAAAAAUAAAACUGAAAAAUAAAACAAAACUAGAAACUCAGGAAAGCUGCAUGCUAUUGAAAAGAGUGAGGAGAUAGAUUGUGGCAAAGCCAAGAAGGUUGGUUUGGG